GCCGCCGCCGCUUCCGCCUCCAGAAGCCGCUGCAACUCCACCAGCAGCAGCAGUUCCAUAUCGGAAAACAGCGUCACCAACCACCACCAAUUACCACCACUACAACCACCACUACCGCCGCCACUAAGCCGAUAUGAAUCACAAAAACGCCGAGACUGGAACACAUUCGGCCAGUACCUAAAAAACCACCGACCGCCGCUAAUUCUCUCCCGCUGCAGCGGAGCUCAUGUCCUCGAAUUCCUCCGAUACCUCGACCAAUUCGGCAAAACCAAAGUCCACGUCACCACCUGCCACUUCUUCGGACACCCCCACCCUCCGGCGCCGUGUCCUUGCCCUCUCAAACAAGCCUGGGGCAGCCUCGACGCGCUCGUCGGACGCCUACGCGCCGCCUUCGAAGAGAACGGUGGGCAGCCGGAGACCAACCCCUUUGGAGCACGCGCCGUCAGGUUGUAUCUCCGGGAAGUGAGGGACGCUCAAGCAAAAGCUAGAGGAAUUGCCUAUGAGAAGAAGAAGAGAAAAAAGCCACUUAAACAAGGACUUGUAAUGGGUGAGCCUUCAAAUGGGUCUGUGAGAUCAGGGUUUAACACUGCUCAACAUGGUUUUUUGGGCCAUUCUUCUGAACCCAAUGAAGGUCUGGCUAUGGUGGAUUGUUCAGAAUCAAGGAGCUCAAUGAUUGCUCUAUCUGUAUGGAACUAGAAAUUAAUAAGUAGCUUUGAAACUAGGGUUUGUUGUUGUUAAGUCAGUGUAAUCAGUAAUGUGUUUCUGGGUUUUGUUUGUCUAUUUAUGAGUAAUGAAAACUACCCAUCAGCAUAUCAAGCUUUUAGGGUAAAGUAUAUUUCUGGGUUAGAUAAUAAGGGCAAAUGUUUUUUCUAAUUCUCAUCCUAUAUAUGUAUGUAUGUAACUAUGUAUUAUCCAUUUUGGGGCAUACAAAACAAUUGCAAUGUUGCUAUUUG